AUGGACAUUCAGAACAGGCGAGUGCCUGUCCUGUUCGUUUCGGCCUCGAGGUUUUGCCGCCACAUUUACACGGCCGUUUACAUCGACUCCAUCUUUGUCGAGGGUCUCCCUGCCCUUCUGACGCUAGCUAACCAGUACCAGCCCAAAGAUUUUCAUUCUUAUGAUCGACGGAAUUCGCGCGUUUUCGUCUCCGGCGACCUUCGAAAUUUAGGGAGCAAACAUUUUUAUCCUGCAGUGGAAAGUGCAUUGGCAGAUGUACAAGAAACACUCGGCCCUUCCCAUCCACUGCACCGAACAUGGAAUGCGUUUUAUCGACGAAUCACCCAGGCAGCGCAAUUGCAGGCCGAUCUUGAUACUCCUCCAAAAGGCGAUCUACAAACCUUGAGGACGUCGCUUUAUCGGGCUUUUCAGAAGAGCGGAAUCAAAGGCAUUCGAGAAGAAUUAUAUAUAAUACAAAAGAAUGACGAGUUCGCCUCGAGCUAUGGAAAUCCGCAUCUUGAAGAGCAGAAAAAGGCAGUGGAUCUUCGAUAUCCAGCAGAGUGGUAUCCGCACACUCGGUCGAUGCAACGAACUAUUCAUCUUCACGUGGGGCCCACAAACUCCGGAAAGACAUACCGUGCUUUGAAGAGACUUGAGCAAGCUCAGCGGGGGUUCUAUGCCGGGCCGCUUAGAUUACUAGCCCAAGAAGUAUACUCUCGCUUCACUGCUGACGGGAUACCAUGUGCUCUAGUCACUGGGGAUGAAGUCCGCAUUCCAGACUCCCCGCCUCGAAUUUUCAGCAACACCGUAGAGAUGGUGACCUUGAGCCAAAAUUUCGAAGUCGGUGUCAUCGAUGAAAUCCAGAUGAUUUCUGAUCCGGAUCGAGGCUGGGCUUGGACAAAGGCAUUUUUGGGAGCUAGGGCUAAAGAACUACAUGUUUGCGGUGAAGAGCGCACCGUACCAUUAAUCAAAGAACUUGCCAGCCUCACUGGCGAUAUUUUAGAGAUACAUCGGUACCAAAGACUGAAUCCCUUGAAGGUAGAAUCCACCAGUCUCAGGGGCGAUCUUCGGAAACUUCGAAAGGGAGACUGCGUGGUUUCUUUCUCGAGAUUAAACAUCCAUGCUCUGAAAAAUGAAAUUGAGAAAGUGACUGGGAAACGAGCCGCAGUCGUGUACGGUGGUCUUCCAGCAGAGAUUCGCACGCAACAAGCCAAUCUUUUCAACGACCCAGACAACGAUUAUCAUUUCCUAGUGGCAAGCGAUGCUAUUGGUAUGGGCCUUAACUUAAAAUGCAAACGUGUUAUUUUUCAGACUUUGAUCAAAGGUGCAAAGGGCAACCUAAAAAGGAUCAGCAUUCCACAAAUCAAGCAAAUUGGAGGGCGCGCCGGUCGAUUUCGUGCUGCUAAUGAGACACAAGAGCCGAAUGGUUCGCAGGAACCUAAUGUGGGAUUGGUGACGUCUCUUGAAGACGUUGACUUACCAUAUAUACAGCGGGCCAUGGAAUUUGAGCCUGCUCCUCUCACGGCGGCCGGUAUAAUUCCUACGGAUACUGCAUUUCAACGCAUAGCCCCUUAUUUUCCGGCUGAAGUCCCAUUUAAGUUCCUCGUCAAUCGUGUCUUCUCCUUAGCACAAACCCACCCACUCUUCUUCAUGUGCAGAUCGCGGGCGCAGAUUGCAUCUGCUGAAAUCAUCGAUCGUUCCCACCAACUGAAUAUUGAUGACCGGCUUAUAUUCAUGGCAGCACCGAUCAAUGACAGUGACCCUGUACUGCAGAGGACCGUCCGAGGAUAUAUCCGAGCUCUUGCCACUAAUAACAGCGGCCGUUUGCUCGAUAUUCCGGAGAUUAAUCUAGAAGUUCUCGAACUACCUGUCUCUGGCAACAGGGAGUAUCUCAACGAUCUUGAAAGUCUACACAAGUCACUGAUCAUAUACCUGUGGCUCAGCUAUCGUGUCGGAGGCGUCUUCACAGAUCGAACCCUGGCCAUGCAUGUCAAGACCAUGGUCGAAGAGCGGAUGAUGCGAGCUCUGGCUGAAUUUUCUGCCAACAAGAAACUACGAAGAGAUGCUUCGCUCCGUCGGCAAAUUGUCUUGGAACGUCGCAACGCUGAGCAAGAGCGGUUGCUAUCAGCUACCGAAGGCAGCAACGAGACAAGUGACCCUAGUUCCGAUGCGUUUGACAUGCCUAUAGUGGAGGAUACAUCGUCUCACAAUGAAGCACAAUCAAGAAACAGCAUUGCAACAGUUUGA